AACCACAUUCCAGUAUUGCAUACUAAAGACCAAAUAGAACAGCCUGUUCUUCAGCAAGUGGUGGUGAAAUACAUUAAGAAUUUUAAAUUAAAAGAAAAACUUGGGCGACACAACACAUUAAAGGCGGUUAAUGUUUUCCAAAUCCUAAGGGGACAGUGAUUACUUCUCUCUUUAAAUAGCAAUCUUCCAUCCCUUUCCUUCUUUCAAUGUGUAUCCUCCUUUCAUCAUAUUUGUUUUCCCUUACAGCCAUCUUUCUUUCUCUGUUUCUUGUCUUCAAUAUCUUCUUGAAUUUCUCAGACUACAACCCAGAGGAGAUGAAGAAGAAGGGUGCCCAAGGAACUCUUAGCUCCGACGAUCUUUGUCUUCUCAAGGGUCCACAUUAUCUCAGUGACUCCAUUAUAGAUUUUUACUUCAAUUACUUAUCUUCCUUCUAUUCUCCUGAUGAUGACGACAAUGGUAUUCUAUUUGUUUCGCCAACUGUUUCAUUCUGGUUGGCCAAUUGUGGCGACGAUCCUGACACCAUUAAGGCUUUCUUGGAACCUCUAAACUUAUCUUCCAAGAAUCUCAUCUUUUUCACUGUUAAUGACAGUGAUCGAGUAGUUCAUAGUGGUGGUGGUGGUGGUACUCAUUGGAGUUUGCUUGUGUUCUGUAGGGAGAUGAAUAGGUUUGUCCACCAUGAUAGCUGCCAUGGUAUUAACUAUUGGAAAGCCGUUGAUCUUUACGAUGUUGUUAAGGAACAUGUAAAAAGAUCCUCCGAGAGUUCUGAUACACCAGCGGAAGAAGUUGGCUCUCGGUCUGAUUCAGAGUUCCCCAGAAAGAUAAAGAAGAAGAAGAACAGGCAGUAUGAAGUUCCGGAGGCAAUUUUCGUAGAAGGAAGGACACCGCAGCAGACGAAUGGACACGACUGUGGACUCUAUGUUAUGGCAAUUGCCAAAGCUAUUUGCCAAUGGUAUGAUUCUGAUGAAAAGAAUGACGAGUGGUUUUCCACGAUAGAUGAGGAGGUUCAUGCAUCAUUGGAGAACUCCAUGAGACGCGAAGUUCUGAAGCUUAUAACAGAUGAAGAUGUCUUCGUUUACUAA